AUGAAUCAAGAAAUCUACGAAGAACUGCUCUCCGCAAGAACUUUGAUAACCGACACUAAAGAUUUUGAAUCUAUGUUUGAGGAUAUUUUGACUAUGGUAAUACCACCGUGGAUAAUUAAUCCAUAUGGUGACAUAGAAGAAACGAAUGUCAUAAUACAAGAGGAACUGACUGAACUAAGUACAAACGAAGAACUUAAGGUUCAGUUUAAAAACGGAUAUCAGCAAUUCUGGCUGCAAAACAACAUACCCGUUUCUUAUCCCGGGAGAAUAAAAUUUUACUGGGGAAAAAAUGGGAACGUAAACAACUCGUCGAGAUCGAGUGAGUAUAGAACACUCUGCGCGGUCUGCUCGAGUUUGAUAGCGUUUUCCGAAUUGAGUAGUGUCUACAGUUCUCUGGAGGGUGAUAAAGGCAUGUGCUUACAACUGGAGGUAAGAGGAAUUGAUUCAGGGGUAAAUUGA